AUGUUCAACCUGGUAUUCACGUGCAACGUGCCCUCUGUGCGGCUGUGGCAGCGACUUGGCUUCCAGCAAAUUGGGCUGCUGCCCAACGCUGGAAACAUGAAGGGCGUGGGCAUGUCUGACGCAAUCAUCUUCUACAAGGCAUUUGAGGAGGACGCCCAGACCUGA